AUGGCAGAUAUAGUAAGCGGUGGUGAGCUCAAUAACAAACAUAUAAGUAAUAUCGUGUGUUCCCCAAAUAAGAAAUAUGUGGUCACGUGGAAUCCACAGGAACAUUACAUCGUCGGAUGGUCAUACAACAUGGACAAUUUGGUCUCAGAAGUAUAUUAUAAGGUUAAUUUACAAAAUAAAAAGAAAUUUAACAUCAUUGCCGUUUCUAACGACAAACAUGUUUCAGUUUUUUGGGAGUACGAGGGGAUGAAUCAUAAUAUAUUCAUCGAUUUGAAAGGUAUGGUCAUCGAAGAAAAUGAGAGUAUGGAAAGUGGAUCCUAUCUUUUAACCGGUGAUUAUCUAAGUUAUAAGCAGGAUCAAAAAGAUAAUUAUAUCUUUUCCCUUUAUGAAGUCAACCCUCAGCAUUACAAAUGCAAAUCUACGUUCACAAUUUAUAGGUUGGCGUCGGUUUCCUUUUCUAGGCCUCUAUUGAAUGCCGAAUUAUUUGAUAAAUUGUUUUUGACUUACAAGGACACGAGAAUUUUAUCUCAAUGGGAUCUUUCUACAAAAAAUAAAUUGGAGAAACAGUAUCCUUUGGAUGUUGAUUUAAAAUCAACCGAGAUCAAGUAUUUAAUCAACGAAUCUUUCUUGGUGUUAUACGGACCUGUUAAAGACGAGGAUAUGUUUAAGAUUUGUGUUUACUCAACAGAAACAAGUAUUAUGAUCUCUGAUUAUAAAAUGGAAAAAGAGAUCACUCAUAUUAAUUUCCUUAACGUAUUUCAAAUAGUAUGGUUAUUGAUCUCAAUCAAAGAUUUGUUUGGUGCGGAUAAAAAUUAUGAACAACACAUAUUAAGAAGUCCUUAUUCUCUUACUGAAGGUGUGAAUAUUACACCUCUACUAUCAAAAUUUAAUAAUCCAUUUUUUUAUUAUGAGGAAAUGGGGAUAAAAAAGGAAAGGGACGCCAGUGAGAGUGAAAAAAAAAAGGACACGAAAUGCGAGAGUGCAAGUGUAAAUAGUGGAGUAUCAAAUACGGCAAUCACGGCAAUCAGUGGAGAGGUAGCAGAGAUGAUAGAGAUGAGAGAGGAUGGAAAAAAAGAAAAGAUUUUGAAAAUUAUAGAGAUAAUUGGGAAUGAGAUCUUGAUAAAAGAUUUUAGUUAUAAUACGCUUAAAGAUUUGAUUAUCAAUCCAACAAGAUUUACAAUGUCCUUCAAAAUAAACAAUUUGUUAAAUAAUUUGCACGCAACAUUAAAAAAGCAAUUAUACUUUUAUGAAUCACAAUCACAAUCAGAACAAAAGUUUCAUGGAAAGAACUCUAUAUGGAAGUUGAGCUCUGGAACGAUUGAAAUAUUUCAAAUGAAUAAGAAAUCUUGCAAAUUUAUCGAUUUUCCUUACGACAUAUUUUUAUGUGAUGUCUUUGAUGAUGAUUUAAUAAUGGUCUGCAACCGCGGGAUCAUCAUAUGGACUUAUGAUUCGGCCAAUGAUGGCAUUAAAAUGAAAUAUUAUUCGGAGAAUCCUUCGUGGCUUCAUAAUGAGAAUUUAGAUAAUGUGGAGACGUCGUUUUUAAGUAAUGGUUUCUUUGAACCGUUCCUUAACCCACCAAAUUUUAAGCAUAUUUUUAAAUCAACAGAUUCAAUACAAACAAACAAUGGAAUAUAUUUUCCAUUUGCCGACUUGUAUUUAUCGUAUAUUAAUGAUACACGCAUGCUUAGAAUAUAUUCAAAGAAAAUUUUGGAAUCAUUUGAUAUAGAGGCCGAGGAAAUCGAUAAAAAUAGUAGAAAAGUUUUGGUGUUGGAUAAGUACUUGAAAAUCUACAACGAGAGUCCCUUUUUAAAUGUUGGAUUUUUGCAUUUACUUUUUAAAAAGUUACAGGAUUCUAAAACAAACAAAUCAUUUGUAACAUUAUAUUUAAAGAAAGUUAUGUUAACGAUGCCAAUUUUUUUAGAUGCACAUCAGGAUCCUUCCGUCCCUAUUUACUCAAAUAUUUUACCUUAUGUAAAAAGUUAUAAUAUUGAUUUUAAAAACCUUUACCUCAUCAGACUAUUUCAUCAUAGCAUGUCAAAAAUGAAUUAUUUAUAUAAUAGAUUUCGGUUCCUUUCAGGUUUUUUUGAAAGGAUUUGGUAUUUACCUUAUUUAAAAUUGAUGAGUCCGGUGGGAAUAUUAUGUAAAUACCCUGAAAGAAAUCAUUAUUGGUCAGAAUUGAUUAGACCAUCUUCAAACCUUUUUAUAGAUGAGGUUACCAGGAGAAAAAGUGUUGGUUUUUACAAGAGGAUCGAUAUUCGAGCUCUUAUUGAUUAUAAAUGGUAUAUUUUUGGGAUAUAUUAUUACUUUUUAAUCUGGAUGAUGUAUUCUGCGUUUUUUGUUUGCUUUACGAUCGCUGCCAGCGUAUCACAUGAUGCCAUGGAUUUCCACACCCGAAAAAUUCUCCUAGAAACUUCUAUCGUAUUUGGAUUCAUUCAACUUUUUGUUGAAAUUCGGCUUAUUAUUUGGAAUCCUUUGAUAUAUGUAUCAAAUAUAUGGAAUUUAUUUGAUUUAGGAGUUUAUAUCAUUCCAAUUAUUACUUCAAUACUCUGGCUUAAAUAUAAUACAAUCUCACCUGGAAUUAUUACGUUUUCAAACAUAUUGUUGGAAAUUAAAUUUUUGUUAUUCUUUAGAUUCAUUAUAUUUCUCGAAUUAUAUCUUCAAGUCAUUUUUAAAGCUGUUCGACGGCUUCUUCCCUUUUUACUUAUUUUAGGCGUAAUUUCUCUCAUAUUUGUACAUUCCUUAUAUAUUCUUAGAUUAUUUUUGGAAAAUUCUAAUAUAACAUCAGUUUUGAAUUUUUAUGAAAAUUCUCUCUUGUUUGUUUUAGUGGCUACUUUAUCGUUCUUCACAAGCAUCUAUUUAAUGAAUUUAUUCACCAAUUUAUCGAGGAACCCCAUUGAAUCAGAAAAACUGGUGUCAAAAUUUUACCUUCAAAAGGCUGAGAUGUUGGCUAGGAUCGAACUUUUUUAUUUAUUGCCUAAUCAAAGAAGAUGGAUUUCGUGGUUUCCCGAGUGGAUGAUUUGUAAAAAUGUGGAAGACAUCGAAGCUCAUGACACCGGUUCGAUUAGCAAUUUUAGUAAUAAAAAUAAAACGGACAAAAAAAGUAAUGCACAAUCUUUGGUUUUUAAGGAUCAGAAAAGAAAGUCUACAUUGGAAACAGAUCAGGUGACUAUUAAAGAUGAAAUUAGAAACAUUGAAAAGUUAAAAAAUGAUAUGGAUGAUGUUAUUGUGAAUUUGCUCGAUAAGUUAGAUAGGAGUGUUUUUAUUUAG